UAUGUUUAAUGAGCCUUAACGAUGUGAUACCGUUGUAGUGAAAUGAGCAAUUUCACUUUAGUGCUUUUCUGUAGUUCGAGAAAUGGAGUGGGAAAACAAGUUUUCUUCUAUCGUUCGUGAAACAGAGACGAACUUGGCAAGAGUACGGGAUCGCUUGGGUUCCACCAGUAAAACAAAAACAUUCCACCCCAGGUCAAGUGGAAACCGUUAUGGCGCCAGUAACCUGCGAUCCCAGGCAUCAAGGAGUCCAUAUACAGGUACAGUAGCAUGGGACUUGCAAAGCAGUAAACAUAGUCCAAUAAAAACGGUUGGCAUGGCAACUAGUGUCCCAUCCAGUCAGACGUCACCUGCUCUAGUGAAUGCGUUGUUCGAAAGAGUUGAGGAACAAGCAGAGGUAGUGAGUCAUUUAACUGACACAGUUAAGAGACUGGAGAAAGAAAAAGAUGUACAAGCCGCCGAGAUAAAGAAAAUGAAAGAUGAAAUGAGCAGCCUAAGUGAGAGGCUCAGAGAAAAAGGAGUGGACAUGGAAACAGAAAGAAAACUGGAACAAUUUAAACGCGAUGUAUACAGCCAACUGGAAUUUGUUCAAAGCCAAGCAAAGCUCAAGCUGACAUCUGCUGAGAACUCUCCUCUCAGUGACUCUGCUGUUGUGAAUGAAGCGAGAAAAAUUAUCGAAGAUGAAACAGAGUCUUUACAAAGGGAUAUCAAGCUGCUGAAAACAAAGCUGGGCAAAAUAGAAAUGGAAUUACACUCAACCCUUGCUGAGUCUAGAGAUGUACUUCGCAAACAGGACCGAUUAGACAGGGCUUUAUCAUCACUCUCAGAGAAUCAGCGCUCACAGUCAAGAAGUUUGAGCAGCCUUGUGGAUGAGAGACAGUCAGACUCCUACGAGAUGCGGCAACUCAAGCAGCUUGUAAACAAAGUUAGUGAUCAGUAUUCUGAAUUGGAAUCUGAAUUGCAGUCCAGCAUCAGGCACUCAGGAGUUUCAAGUAGAAGCUCUUCUCUGAGACAGCCCCAGCAACGUGGGUCCAGGGAAACAAAAAUAACCAAUGGUGACUCCAACACACGAAGAAAAGGUGUGAAAAAGAAGUCUAAAGCAGCUUCAGACAAUCUUGUGCUAUCUAGCAGCAGUGACACUGAUCUGAGUUUGACGACACUGGAUAUUAGCAGUCCUAGUGACACAGAACUGAUUUCCUCUGAGUUUCCCAGAUCCAAUGGAGGAGUGUCUGGAAAUGGAGUAGGAAACAUCUCAAGCUCAUCACUAAGUUCGCUGGAGUCUGACGAUCUCCUGAAAUAACUAUCACAUUACAAUCUCAGACAAAGCUUCAUGUGUACUUUGCAAUUUAUAUCUAUUCUUGUGACACAACCAUAUUAUUUUAUUUAUUUAUUUAAAAGUCCAACAGGGAAACAAAUUGCAGUGCACAAGCUCAAGUGCUAUUAUUCCUCAUUAAAGUUACGAUGAUCAGA